AUGGCUCUGACAGAGACGAAAUCGAAUGAAGAGCCGUUGACAGGUGCAAAACAGACCACGAAGCUCGGAGAAGCCUACGGCGUCUGCGUCAUCCUUGUCACUUUCAUCACCACCUGCAUGGUGUCCCUCGUAGCCUUGAUCAUCUGGCGCCUGCAUUUCCUAAUCGUCGUCGCCGGUUUCCUGGUUUUUGGCACCCUCGACGGUCUCUAUCUCUCAUCUGCACUCACAAAGGUCCCCAACGGCGCUUGGUUCACGCUUUGUCUCGCUAUUCUAUUGUCGAGUAUCUUCGUCCUCUGGCGCUAUGGGAAAGAAAACCAAUGGCGUGCCGAAGGCGAGGAUAGGAUCUCUCCUAGCAAGCUACUGACCGAGUUGCCAAAUCAUGCGGAGAAAGAUGGUGAUGCACCUGUACUGCGCCUCUCGUCCAGUAUGGGUGGUGCGCCGGUCAGCCGGCUCCGAGGCGUGGGCAUCUUCUUCGAUAAGACAGGCAGUCCGAAUGGUACUCCGUCCGUCUUCAUCCACUUCUUGCAGAAAUUCCAGGCUGCCCCUGCCGUCGUCGUCUUCUUCCACAUCCGACCUCUCUCAACCCCGACGGUAGCGCCCGAAGACCGUUUCAGCGUAUCCAGAUGUUUCACGCGCACCAGCUCGAAGAGUACACUGCAGGACUUCUACCGUGUCACCAUCCGCCACGGCUACGCGGACGAAGUCAUAACCAGCGACCUCGGUCUCCUCAUCUACGAAAACAUCCGCAAAUUCAUCAUCCACGACCGCGGCACGUCCACCGCACCCACCCCCUCACCCGAGUCCAACAACUCCACCUCCGAAGACUCCACCUCCUCUUCCGACCCCCCCACCACCGCCCCCUUCAACAUCUCGGCCGAGUCCGCAACCACCGGCAAACAGCACCACGUCCGCCAAGCCCUCGCUUCCUUGCAAGCGGCGUACGAUGACCAGGUCGUGCACAUCGUGGGCAAAGAACAGAUGCGUAUCCGCGAGGUGCGGGGGUGGGGCAACGUGGGCGGCAUGUCCAGGAAGAUCGUCCUCGCGGCGUUCCUCUGGUUGAGGAGUAACACGGGCAGUAAGGUGGCGAAUAUGAACCUCGAUGUCGAGAAGUUGGUCGAGGUGGGCUUCGUAAAGGAGGCUGAGGGCGCGGGGAUGUGGGAUGGGUACUGGGAUGGGGAUGAGGGAUGA